UCGUCUAGUAGCACCAUGGCAAACAGCAGGGUGCCCUCGCCCCCGCUGCCGGAAGUCAACACACCGGUGGCGGAAAAUUGGUGUUACACUCAGGUCAAAGUGGUAAAAUUCAGCUACAUGUGGACGAUCAACAAUUUCAGCUUUUGCCGCGAAGAGAUGGGCGAAGUGCUGAAAUCCUCCACAUUCUCCGCGGGUGCUAAUGAUAAGCUAAAAUGGUGCUUGCGCGUCAAUCCAAAAGGUCUCGACGAGGAAAGCAAAGACUAUCUCUCCCUCUACCUGCUGCUGGUGUCCUGCAACAAGUCGGAAGUGCGGGCAAAGUUCAAAUUUUCGAUCCUCAACGCCAAACGCGAGGAGACGAAGGCGAUGGAGUCGCAGCGGGCGUACCGGUUCGUGCAGGGCAAGGACUGGGGCUUCAAAAAGUUCAUCCGGCGGGACUUCCUGCUGGAUGAGGCGAACGGGCUGCUGCCGGAGGACAAACUAACGAUAUUCUGCGAGGUCAGCGUAGUGGCCGACAGCGUCAACAUUUCCGGCCAAAGCAACAUCAUUCAAUUCAAAGUGCCAGAAUGCAAGCUGUCCGAGGACCUAGGGACGCUGUUCGACAACGAAAAGUUCAGCGACGUCACGCUGGCAGUUGGCGGGCGGGAGUUUCAGGUGCACAAAGCAAUCCUAGCAGCACGCAGUCCCGUGUUUGCGGCGAUGUUCGAGCACGAGAUGGAGGAACGGAAGCAAAACCGGGUCGCGAUCACCGAUGUGGACCACGAAGUAUUAAAGGAGAUGCUGCGGUUUAUCUACACGGGGAAGGCACCCAACCUGGACAAGAUGGCGGACGAUCUGUUGGCCGCGGCGGACAAGUACGCGCUCGACAAGCUGAAGGUGAUGUGCGAGGAAGCGCUCUGUGUUAACCUGUCGGUCGAGACGGCCGCCGAAACGCUGAUCCUGGCCGAUCUGCACAGUGCCGAUCAGCUGAAGGCGCAAACGAUAGACUUCAUCAACACCCAUGCGACGGACGUUGUGGAGACGGUCGGCUGGAAGAAUAUGGUCGCGACUCAUCCGCACCUGCUGAACGAGGCCUACCGGGCGCUGGCAACGCAACAGAUACCACCGAUCGGGCCUCCGCGCAAGCGGGUGAAGAUGAGCUGA